UUAUUUAUUCUACUACAUGCAGUCUUUGGAGAGGGAAUUGCAAGAAAUAAAAACAACAAAUACAUGUCACACAAAUGAAAAUUAUCAGGAGAAAAUCGACGAACUUAAGGCCAACCAGAUAACAUUGAAGCACAUAAAUUCGGAGCAAGUUGACAAAAUUUGUUGCCUAGAAAAACAGCUUGAAGAUGCUUGUAAUGAAAUAGCAUCCGUGAAAGCACAAUUGGCAGUUUUCCAAGAAAAAGUAACAUGCAUAGAAAGCGAAAAUAAAAAAUUAAAAGAAACUAUAUUUGAGCUACAAAUAUUGCUUGAUGACCACAUGUUAAAAGUAGCAGACCUGCAGUCAAAAUCAAGCGAAUUAGAAGCGUGUCGAGCAGCAUUUUCUAUCGAACAAUCUACUAACAAGGAGUAUGCCUUCACAAUUGAAAGGCUUAACAAACUAGCUGACGGACAUUCAAAGGACAUUGAAAUACUUCGUCAAAACGAAUCAGAGCUUUUGGCGCUCAAUGAAAAACUUAGUUUUUCCAACGUUAUUCUACAAAAUGAGAUUUCACUGUAUCAAUCGAAAUCCUUGGCGAUAGCUAUCGAAAAUGAUUCUGUAAAAAAGUCUCAGGUAGAAUACGAAGGCAAUGUUCAAAGACUAGUUGACAAAAUAAAUUUGGAUAGAAAAAAUCUCGCUGAGGAGCGUUUGACUGUGGCUACUCAUGUAACAGAAAAAAACAGAGAAUGCGAAAUGCUCAAAAAGCAACUUGAACAAGCACUUGGAGAUUUGGAUGCUGUCAGGAAGAAAAACUCAUUAAUUGUUAAGGAUCUUCAGAGAGAAAUAUCCACGCUCAAAAAAAAAUUUAAAACGGAAGCUGACAGUUCUGAAAUUGAAAGAUCACCAUCUAAAGAUAACCUUGAGCCGAUCUAUGAUUCACAGACAGAACAGGAAAAGCAAUGUUUUGAAGCGUUUGCGAAACCCCUGACACACAAUUCUCCUCACUGGAAAUUUAUGGAGAAGAUGAAAAGGAGGCUGAAGUCCUUGCGUUUCGUGCACCGAGACUGCGCUUCGUUGGCGAAAGUAUGUUGUAAAUGAUACUAUUUGUAAACA